UGUUUCUGACCCAAACUCGAAGAGUGAAGAAGAAAACAACAACACCAACACCAGAAAACAGAAGAGAGGAAGAAAUGGCAGGGCUAUUGGCUUGGGCAGCAGAUGUGGUAGGAGCAGGAGGAUCAGAAUCUGCAUCUGAAGAUUCUUCAAUCCCAAUUCUAUUUUCUGAAUCUCAAAAAACCUAUGUUCGUGAACUCGAUCAUAAAGCAAAUUCUCUCCAACGUUCGAUCCAAGAUCUACGGCUUAGAUUACCUCCACCUGAUAUCUCACAGCGUCUUCCUCAUCUUCAUGCUCAUUCACUUGCUUCCAAUAACGCUCUUGCUCUUCAGUUGAAUGCGCAUUCCUCCACCCGUCAUCAGGCCCAACUUAGAGAGGAGACACUGAAGGAAGAAAAUGCUGCUUUUCAGAAUGCUAUAUCCAAUUGCGAGAGUAAAAUCAAGGAAAAAGUGGAGGAAGCUGAAUUACUAAGGAGAAAGUUAGAGGAGAUGGAUGAAGCUGAAAAUAAGCUGAGGGCCGAGCUGGAAAAUAUACAUCUGCGAACUUCUGUUGAUGCUGGCCAAUCUUGGAUAGCUGAGAGUUCGGAGGAAGAAAACAAGAUGAAUAGAGCCAGCUUUGAUGCAGCUGCAGAAGUUUCAAAAUCGGCUAUGCUAGACAAAUUGGAAGAGAAGAAGAAAGAACUGAGUUCAAUGGAGGAUACCGUAAAGGAGUUGGAGAAGAAAUGGGCAGAAGUGCAGGAAAAUGCACUUAAACAGCCUUCACCAGCACAAAGAGAGAAGACAUUGGACAAACAACUUCAUGGUUUACUUGAGCAACUUGCUGUUAAACAGACACAAGCUGAGGGUAUACUUGGUGAAAUUCACGUGAAAGAGAUGGAGCUGGAAAGAUUGAAUGGACAAUGGCGACAACUCCAAAGCAAUAACUCAGAGUUGAACAAUGCUCGGAAUCGUUUUGUUAGAGGCUCCUCCGAUAAGGUACAUAGUUUGUCAGAUUAUGAUGGUCCUCAGAGGCUUCCUUACCAUUCUGCAGGCAGAACUGAAAGCCAGCAGAGGCUUAUGCUAAUUAGGUCGGCAUUUGUGCUUUAUAUUUUAGCUUUAAACGUAAUUGUAUUUAUCAGGAUAUCAUUUUGACCAAAAUUAAGAUUAUAUAUUACUUUUUACUACUUUGAACUUUUUUUGUUCAUAAGAACUUAUGACUGAACCUUUGUUUGUACUUAUUGAAUACCAUGUGUGUAUAUAGAUAUAAAACAAGGUGUUUGUCCAGAA